CGCCGCGCUCAGUAACUCUGUACCUUACCCCGCAUUCUCGCGGCGCACCCCACCACUGCGCUCCUGCGUACCCGAUAUAUCUCUGAGUUGACCUGAACGAGCAUCAAUGGUGACGAAAGAGCUCAAGAUCUUCAGCGCGGAGGAGGUCGCGAAGCACAACAAAGAGGGUGACCUCUGGAUCAUAAUCGACUCGAAGGUGUACGACCUCUCCCGCUUCGCGACGCUCCAUCCAGGCGGCGCCGCCGUCCUGCUCCACCGGACCGUCGCUGGCCAGGACGCGACCGACGCCUUCUUCGGCCUGCACCGGCACGAGGUCCUCCUCCGCCCGCAGUACGCGCGCCUGCAGAUCGGGACCGUCGACGGCGAAGUGUCGGUCGUCAAAGUGCCGGAACCGGGCGACUUGUCCGGGGUUCCGUACGCGGAGCCGUCGUGGCUCGCGCAGGGGUACCACAGCCCGUACUACAAGGAGAGCCAUAAGCGGUUCCAAAAGGCGUUGAGGCGGUUUAUGGAGGAGGUCGUGGAGCCCGACGCGAUCAAACACGAAGAGGACGGGAAGCGUAUCUCGCAGGACGUCGUGGACAAGCUCUGCGAGAUGAAUAUACCGGCCAUGCGCCUUGGGCCGGGGAAACACCUCAAGGGCCGGACCUUGCUCGGCGGGGUCGUCAAGCCCGAGGAGUUCGACUAUUUCCACGAGAUGAUCAUCCACGCCGAGAUCGCCCGCAUCCCGACGCGCGGGUUCCACGACGGGAUCCUCGCUGGUCUGUCCAUCGGCCUCCCGCCGAUCCUCAACUUCGCGUCGGACGAACUCAAAGCCAAGAUCGUGCCGGACGUGUUGGCCGGGCGCAAGUUUAUCUGUCUCGCGAUCAGCGAGGCGUUCGCGGGGAGCGACGUCGGCGGGCUGCAGACCGAGGCCGUGAAGGACGGCGAGGAGUGGGUGAUCAACGGUACCAAGAAGUGGAUCACGAACGGCACCUUCGCGGACUACUUCACGACCGGGUGCCGGACAGGCGACUCGUACACGACGAUACUGAUUCCGCGGCAAGACGGCGUGGAGACGAAGGCGAUCAAGACCUCGUACUCGCCCGCCGCCGGUACAGCUUUCGUCACGUUCGACAAUGUCCGGGUACCGGACGCUAACACGGUGGGAAAGGAGGGCAAGGGCAUGUCCGUCAUCCUCAGCAACUUCAACCACGAGCGGUGGAUGAUCACCGUCAUGAGCGCGAGCACGCAGCGGCGGAUCGUCGAGGAGUGCCUCAAGUGGUCGAACCAGCGGAUCGCGUUCGGCAAGCCUCUGAACUCCCAAGCGGUCAUCCGCCACAAGCUCGCUGACAUGAUAUCCCGCGUGGAGUCGUGUUGGAACUGGCUCGAGACAAUCACGCAUCAGAUGAACAACAUGUCGUACGCCGAGCAAUCCGACAAGCUCGCGGGCACGAUCGCGCUCUGCAAGCAAUACGUGACCCGGUGCAGCCGGCAGACGGCCGAGGACGCAACGCAGAUCUUCGGCGGGCGGGGCAUCACCCGGACGGGGAUGGGCAAGUUUAUCGAGAACUACCACCGCUCCUCGCCGUUCGAUGCGAUCCUCGGAGGCGCGGAGUACGUGAUGGCCGACUUGGGCGUGAGGCAGGCGAUGAGGAAGAUGCCCAAGAACACCAGGCUGUGACGAAAGAAAAAACGUUGCUUGUUGCGCAUCUAUGAUUCCCUCACGGUUGUAUGUUGUACGUGUACGUACGGAUGGACUUUCCAAUUUGUGGCGUU